AAGCAUAUAACAUGCAGUCUUGCGUGUCGAACUGCCAAAAGUGAAGAGUGCCGUCUUGUGACUAACACUGGAUCCCAAACAAAGAAAGCCCCAAAAAAUGUUUGGCCUGAAAGUGAAGAAGAAGAAGAAGAAAGACAAUGAAGAUCUGGUUCUGGCAAACAAGGGAGCCACAGACAGUGAGGUGGAGGUCCCUCCUGAAGCUUCUCCCCUACUGGAGGGAGAAAACACUGACGAUCAACCAAGAAAAUCUGCAGCAAGAACCAGAACAAUCCCAAACACCAACAGGUCCAAACUGAAUACUCACAUUCAGGACAGUGAAGCGAAACCCCAGAGCUUCCAGAUUGCCAUUAAUAUCACAGAGGCUAGACAGCUUGUGGGGGAAAACAUUGACCCGAGCAUAGUGAUAGAGAUUGGUGAUGAGAAGAAACAGACAUCAGUCAAGGAAGGAACCAAUGCUCCUUUUUACAAUGAGUAUUUUGUGUUUGACUUUUUUGCCCACAAAGAUGUCUUCUUCGACAAAGUGAUCAAGCUGACGGUUUUACACUCUAAAAUGCUGAGGAGUUUCUGUGUUGGAUCCUUUAUGUUAGAUGUGUGGACAGUCUACAAACAGCCAGGUCACCAGUUCAUCAAUAAGUGGGCAAUGCUAACCAACUGUGGUGACAUUAGCACUGGGGUCAAGGGUUAUGUCAAGUGUGACAUCAGCAUUUCAUCGAAGGGAGAUACCAUGCAGCCAGGACAAAAAGCGAGUGAUGCUGAGGAGCAGAUAGACAAGAACCUGUUGAUUCCAGAGGGGUUUCCUUCUGAACGACCAUGGGCUCGUUUCUGUGUGAAGGUGUAUCGAGCUGAAGGCCUUCCCCGCAACAACUCCAGCAUCAUGGCUAAUGUCACCAAGGCCUUCAUAGGAGAAAACACAGCACUCAUAGACCCAUAUGUUGUGGUCAGCUUCUUCAAACAAGUGGGUCGCACAUCAACUCAAAAGUCGACAGCAGAUCCGGUGUGGAAUGAGCAGAUUGUCUUCACUGAAAUGUUUCCUCCUCUGUGUCAGAGACUGAAGAUCCAGGUUUGGGAUGAGGGAAGCAUGAACGACGUUGCCAUUGGAACCCAUUACUUUGACCUGAGAUGCAUCUCCAAUGAACAGGAUGGUGACAGAGGGUUUUUACCAACAUUUGGCCCUGCUUGGAUCAACCUGUAUGGUUCUGCUCGAAAUUUUUCUUUGGGUGAUGACACAGGGGAGCUUAAUGAGGGCAUUGGAGAAGGCGUGUCUUACAGGGGCCGACUCUACAUGGAGCUGGCCGUUGAGAUUCUGUCAGGAGGGACAGGGUCAGACUCCAAACUUAGCCGUAUAAUCAAGCCAAUAAAAGAUGCUAAAGCAGGAAAACCUGGAGGGAAAGAUGGGAAGACCCCUGCAGGAGGAGCAGGAGGCACGGGUGGAGCUGCUGAUGAUGACAAAGGAAAAGCUGUAGCAGAGGUCCUGCCUGUGGAUCCUCCUCCUGUGCUUAAUGCAGACGACAAUGAGAGCUUCCUGCUGUUUGGUGCGUUGUUUGAGGCCACCAUGAUUGACAGGAAAAUUGGAGACAGGCCUAUCAGCUUUGAGUUCUCUCUCGGUAACUAUGGUAACACCUUAGAGUCUGCUCCUCAGCCCACUAUCAGUGUCACCAGUCCUGCAGUCCCUCGGAGGAUGACAAGAGUGCUGGAUGUCCCAGACGCUAGUGAUGUGUUCGGCUCGUUCUCUCUCAGCACCUCCCCUAACAGCCCCACUUCCCCUUUGCUACCCAGAGAAACUCAAGACACUGCCAUGACUUCAAAAUCCACCACACCUCCAGAAAAACCAAUCAUUGUGGAAGGAAACAGGUACUACAUGUACUUGCCUCUGGAGAAACAGAAGCCAUGUAUUAAUGUGCUGAGUCACUGGGAAGAUAGAACCUACCGAAUGCACAACUCAAACAUUCUGGAGAACAUAGCGGUUCUUCUGGAGGAGGGGGUGACAAGUGCAUGGGAGCUCCACAGAAGGUCAGAUCCGGCAGCUGAGCUCCUGAUGAAAUCUGUCCUCCAGGAUUUUUGUGUAGAUGCCAGGAGUUUCAUUGAAGCAGCGGAGGCUAAGUUGAAGGCUGAGCUGAAGUCGACUUAUCUAACACAGCUGGACAAGAAACGCCUGACCAUGUGUAAACAGGAGCUGGAAAGUAUGAUAGGGGAGGCACAGUCCCUGGUAGGGAGGAAGAAAAAAGCUGGUGGUGUGAAAGAAAUGCUACAGGACGCAACAAAACUCACACAUAAACUCCGCUUUCUUGUGGAGGAGCCCCAGCACACAGUUCCAGACAUGUUUGUGUGGCUGCUGAGCAACAACAAGCGUGUUGCAUACGCCCGGGUUCGAACCAGAGACCUGCUGUACUCCAGCAGGCAGGAGGCCCGAGGAAUUAACUGUGGCAAGGUCAUAACCCUGUUUCUUAAGCCUCCAGGUAAGCGUGUUACAGGCUUAUCAGUCCAAGCGAAACUGGAUGUGUAUCUGUGGUUUGGAGCUUGCAGGGACUCUAGCCACAUGCUGGACAAUCUGCCUGCAGGAUUCACUCCAGCUACAGGGGGCGCUGAUGCCAACAGCCCUCCCACACACUUGCACUGCAAAGAGCAGCAUCAGUUCCAGUUGAGGUGCCACAUGUAUCAGGCUCGUGGUCUGAUCGCUGCUGACAACACUGGCUUGUCAGAUCCCUUUGCUCGAGUCACCUUUCAGUCACACAGUCAAACAACCAAUGUUAUCAGUCAGACUCUCAGUCCUACAUGGAAUCAGUGUUUGCCAAUGAGCCAUCUGCUGCUGAGUGGAGAUUUGCAGUAUAUCCAGCGAGAGCCACCACAUGUUCUCAUAGAGGUGUACGAUGAUGACGCGCUGGGAAAGGCUGAGUAUCUGGGUGCCACAGUGGCAGUGCCUGAGGUCUGUCUGUCCUCUGAUCCCUACACACCUCCAACUCUCCAGUACAACGCUCUGCACUGUGGUAGCCAGUCAGGGGGAGAAUUGCUGGCUGCAUUUGAAUUGCUGCAGAUCCCAAAUUCUGAACAGCAGAGUCUGCCAGACUUAGAGGAACAAGAUGGAGGCAUCUACACGGUUCCUGCAUAUAUCAGGCCUGUCCUCAGCACCUACAGACUAGAGGUAUUAUUUUGGGGUCUGAGGGAACUGAAGAAAGUCCAACUUCUGUCUGUGGACAGGCCACAGGUCAUUAUAGAGUGUGCAGGUAAAACGUUACGCUCUUCUGUUAUUCAGAAGUACAAGUCCAACCCAAACUUCACCACACUUGUUGAUGCCAUAGAGCUGGAGUUACCAGAAAAUGAACAUCUCCAUCCUCCUCUCAGUAUCACUGUUGUUGACUGGCGUGCUUUUGGUCGCAGCACUCUUGUUGGGAACCACAUCAUCAACAACCUCAAAGCUUUCAAACCAAUUCCACUUCCAGCCCUUCCUGCACCCGUACAGACACACAAACCACCCAAAGACAUCAGCACCCCUGGACCUACCAUGACAUUAGAGCUACACAGUGCUGAGGGACAGUCACAGGAUUCUCCAGAGACUAGUUCGGCUGUAGCACUGGCUAACCAAGAUUUCCGGAUCACUGUAGAGGAUGAACCCCUACCACCCGCUCCACCACCUGCUCCACCCAUUCCUAAGCAAGAAGCCAGGAAGAAAAAGUUGACAGAGAGCAGGGCAAAGUCCACUCGUAGCCGUUCCACCAAACGCAGGAAGCGGACUAUCGCAGAUGAAUCAGCUGAGAGUGUCAUCGACUGGUGGUCCAAAUACUACGCCUCAGUCGAGAGAGAGAUCAAACGACGGGACAACUCUCCAUUUUCCGAGGUCUCCAAAGCUUUGUCGUACCACAGCUUGCUCAGCGAUGGAAUAGAAUCUUUGGUCAGCAGCCAGUCUGAUGGAGAUAAGAAGAAGAGGCAACACAAAGGAAAGGGAACCAGCAUCAGUCCCCAUACCAAAUUAGCUACACUCAAGCUGUACAACAAGGAGUUGGAGUCAGAGUUUGGGCCCUUUGAUGACUGGGUGAAAACAUAUGAGUUGUUCCGAGGGAAAGCCAGUGAGGAAGAGGGAUCAAAUGAGGAGAGGUUUGUUGGAAAAUUUAAGGGUCGAUUCUGCCUCUAUAAGCUCGCUGAGGAGGAGAAGGAGGAGGACUGGGAUGAAGCAACAGACACUGGGAGCUUCAGAGUCAACAGAGGAAUCCCUCCCAACAGCCCAGUCCAAGUUCUCAUACGGGUUUACAUUGUCUGUGCCUCUAACCUGCACCCAGCUGACCCGGAUGGGAAGGCGGACCCGUACAUUGUUCUACGACUUGGCAAAAAUGAAAUCAAAGACAGAGACAACUACAUUCCUAAACAGCUAAACCCUGUUUUUGGAAGAUCUUUUGAGAUGCAGGCAACACUUCCUCAGGAGUCUCUGCUGUCAGUGCUCAUCUAUGACCACGACCUGGUGGGAGGGGACGAUCUGAUUGGAGAGACCUGCAUUGACCUUGAGAACCGAUAUUACAGCAAACACAGAGGCACCUGUGGACUCCCUGCUGAGUACAGUCUUGAGGGUUACAAUGCCUGGAGAGACUGUUUGAAGCCAUCAGAGCUGUUGGCAAAGAUGUGCAGAGAGAGUGGUUUGGACGGUCCUCACUUCAGUCCAGGGCGCAUCAUUGUGUCAGAUAAAGUUUUCACUGGCAAGACGCUCUUCAUGCAUGAAGACGAGCCAGUGGAGUCCUAUGAACACUUGUCACUGAAGAUCCUACACCGCUGGGCUGAGAUCCCAGGUGUAGGAUGCACACUGGUACCAGAGCACAUUGAGACCAGAACUCUGUUUAAUAAGGCCCGGCCUGGAAUGGACCAGGGUCAGGUCCAGAUGUGGGUAGACAUGUUUCCAAUGGACCUGCCACAUCCAGGACCUCCAGUGGCCAUUUCACCUCGAAAACCAAAAGGAUACGAGCUGCGUAUUAUCAUCUGGAACACAGAGGAUGUCAUUUUGGAGGACAGCCACUUCCUCACUGGUCAACAGUUCAGUGAUAUUUACAUCAAGGGCUGGCUGAAAGGUUUAGAAGAUGACCGACAAGAAACUGAUGUGCAUUACAACUCUCUGACUGGAGAAGGAAACUUCAACUGGCGCUUCGUGUUCCCCUUCAGCUACAUGCCUGCUGAGAAGGUAGUGGUGGUGAGGAAAAGAGAGAGUAUUUUCUCUCUAGAUAAAACAGAGCAGAAGAUUCCUGCUAUCCUCAUUCUGCAGGUCUGGGACUUUGAGACACUCUCCUCUGACGACUUUCUAGGCACACUAGAAUUAGACCUCCAUGGAUUUACUCGGGGAGCUAAAACAGCCAAGUCGUGUAAGGCGGAGAUGCUGACAGAUGGGACUGAGAGAAUCUCCAUCUUUCAGCAGAAGAGAGCACGAGGCUGGUGGCCCUUCACAAAGUCAGGAGAGUUGACCGGGAAAGUGGAAGCAGAGUUCCAUCUUGUGACAGCUGAGGAGUCGGAGAAAAAUCCUGUUGGCCGUGCCCGCAAGGAGCCAGAGCCACUACCAAAACCAAAUCGUCCAGACACCUCCUUCUCGUGGUUUGUUAACCCUUUCAAAUGUUUCUUUCACUUGGUGUGGCGAAGCUACAAGAAGUACAUCAUCAUCGGCAUCAUUCUGCUGAUCACAGCGCUGUUCCUUGCCCUGCUCUUCUACACACUACCCGGAGCCAUCUCUAACAAGAUUAUCAGCGGCUAAACGAAUAAACAAUGUAUGUGUAUACUGCAGUUCUAAACAGCUAUUCCAAAUGAUGAAAUGCUUUUACAGUGAAGAGUCCCAAGUCUCCAUGUUUUUGAAUAUUGAAGUUGUGUAGAUGUUUGGUCUCACUUUUUAAAACAGUCAUUUACAUCAAUGGGAAUAAAAAGAAUUAAGGCUGGCCAUUUCCUUUUAAUUA